GCGCGUGCGUGGAUUACGAGGCCGGGCGGUCGUCGGCCCACUGCGCCCCUCCGGAAACGGAGCUCCGGGGAUGAUGGGAUGUACAUCUGCUGGACAAGAUGGAAAAGGAAUGACGAAAAAGAAGAAUGAGAAGAAAAAGAAGAAAGAGACGAAAAAGAAGAAAGAGAAGAAAAAGAAAAAAAAGACGGAAAAGAAGAAAGCUAAGGAAAAGGAGAAAGAGAAGAAGAAGAAGAAGAAGAAGAAGAAGAAGAAGAAGAAGAACCACGUCGGAUUCCUGCGGGGCGCUUCACCACAGCCCAUUACCCGCCGCGCGCUCGCCGCCCCGCGGCCACGCACGGGCUCCAGGCCGCCAUUGCACACGCCACCACCUCUGCCAACGACAUCAUCACCUAUUGACGCCAUCGCCACUGGUCGACACGGCAGCUGCCGACGGCAACGCCACCACCGCUGCCAGCAGCAACUACAAUCGCCAACGCCACUACCACCACCUCAUCCAAUCACCAUCCACAACCCAACCUUCACGAUAUUUAGUCCUGUGCUCCUCGACUUUCCUUUGUGA